AUGGGACCUGGAGGGAGGCGCUGCCUGCUGACCGGCAUUGUGGUGCAGAUGACUGGUACCGGACGUGGGUCCAGCCCCCAGGACAAAGGCUAUUUCGGGCAAGGCUUCCAGGUCACUCCUCCUGUUCCUCCCCGGGAUGCGUCUCCACCCGCAGAGGGACCGGUCACCUCAGACCUGCAGCUGCUCUGGCUGCGGCUGUGCUCAGCAGGCAGGGUGCAGCUGCCCCGUCAGAGGCCAGGCUGUGGUGCGGCUGUAGGGGCCCUCGUCCCAGGGCCCAGGCUCACCCUCUGCUGGGAAAGCAGGGGCCGGGCCUUCCAGUUCCAAGACACCCCCCAGAUGCCGCCGCAGCAGGACCAGCUCUCAGACUCGCUGCCACUGCACUUGGAGACUUGGACCCUGUCCUCGGCCAAGCCGACGGGUCCGGCCUCCGAGCCUUCACGCCGGAACGCGGGUCCGCGCGACACCGAGGGAAACGCCCACAGCACAUUUCAUGGACGACAAAGCAACUGCGCCGCAGGUUCUCGGCUCUGCCUUGUCUCCUGUCGCCACGGUAACCAGCGCUUUGCGACCUUCAGUUUGCGACGGGAGGUCGCGCUGCGGGGGCGGCGGCGGCGGAGGCUGCUGGGCGAUGGCGGCAGGGGCGGCCGCUGGCUCUGCGCGGUGGGCGGCUGGGAUGGGUCGCGCCGCCUGGCCACGGUGGCCGCCCUGGACACAGAGCGUGGAGAGUGGGAGGCGUGGGCCGCGGCCCCCGGCAGCUGCCCCCCUGCCGGCCUCAGCAGUCACACCUGCACCCGCCUCUCGGACCGAGAGGUGCGGGUGGCGGGCCGGGAGGGCGGGACCCGCACUCAGCGUCGCUUCGGAAGCAUCUACACGUUAAGGCUGGAUCCUGGCGCCCGCACCUACUGCUACAAGGAAGAAGGCGACCACACAGCCUCCCGCUCGGGGCACUGCGCUGCCCUGCUGCGGGGCCCCGGGCCGCGCCCAGCUCACCAGCUGUUGCUGUUUGGUGGCUGCAGCUCAGCUGAACCAGAAGUAGCUGGGCACUGGAGUCCCGGGACGAUUAAGGACGAGCCAACCGUUGCCCCCCGUCUGAUGGAACAGCUUGCAAAGCUUGUGAGCAGUGGGCGGGGGUCCCAGCAGGGGCCUCGGGGGCUGCGGCAUCACUCGUGCUCUGUGGUGGGGCCCUUUGCAGUGAUGUUCGGUGGAGAGGCUCUGACCAGACCGAGAGACGCCGUCUGCAAUGACCUCUACAUCUACGACGCCCGCAAGUCUCCUUCUCUGUGGUUCCACUUCCCCUGUGCGGACCGCGGACUGAAACGCAUGGGCCACCGGACCUGCCUUUGGAAUGACCAGCUUUACCUGGUUGGGGGUUUCGGUGAGGAUGGCAGGACGGCUAGUCCACAGGUUUGCGUCCUGGAUCUCUUUGUCUAAGGAACAGUGCCAAGACACACUGCCAAGCCUCUGUUUUGUUGUAAACUCAUAAAGCAUCAUCACCAGAGCAACCUGCCUCAUGUCAAAUGCUUAUUAAAUUUCAAUCUGAGA